GGGUAUUAUUCCCAUUGGGUUUUGCGCCACAGUGAUCCGGUCCGGCGGGGUGAUGUUACUUGAUUUACCAUGCCUCCCCUCCUCACUCUAUGCUGCAAGAGCCUGUUGUCACGAAAUUGUGCCAUCUCCUUGCCAUUGCUGAUUUCACCCGCAGUCCGUCCGUUCACUUCAGGUCCAGUCUGUCAGCUCAUCCGAUAAAUCUCAAGUUGAUCAAGCUGUUCGGCAUCAGAAAUGGACCCUCUUACCCCACAGGCUGAAUCGGAUACCGGAAAUCGGAAUGUGAGGCCAUUCCGACGUCACGCCUGUGACCGCUGUCGCAGUCAGAAGCUCCGUUGUGAUCGCACGACCCACCAGACGGAUACGUCGAUCGCGUGCGAUCGCUGCGCUCGCAGCCAUCUGACCUGUGUCACCAGCGCUCCCAUGCCCAUGGGUCGACCGCGCUCCCUGAAUCCCAAGCCCCGGUACCGCCACAAAUCCAGCAAGACCUCCGAUGAAACGCGAUCCAACGGCCGGGGGGCUGACUCGUCGACGCCACCCUCUUGUACCGCCACGCACCGAUUGCCCGACCUGGUCAUCGCCGGAAUGGAUGCGACCAAUGAACUCCCAGACCUGGGCUUCGACCAGGGAGAUAUGGGCUACGAUCUUGACUUUCCAAAUAUCAAUGUCUUCGACCCGUCGACGUUCGCCGAUCUGGGCAUGGGCUCGCAGUCCGACGCCCCCGGCCCGACCGACUUUACAGCGGUCAACCCCCAGGAGCAGAAUAUCGCGCGCUUGUGGAAGCUUCACAGCACGCUUCUGGAAUACGUAUAUCGGAUCGAAAGUCAAGUGACCGACCGCAGCGACACCUGCACCAAUGGCUCCACGCCCGACACGGAACGGCUGGGCGCGCGCUUGCCGGACGUGACAGACACCCAGAGUGACCACCUCACGCACCAGAUGAUGCGCUGCUCCCAGACCUUCCUCGAAAUCAUCCAAUCCUUCGUCUCGUCCUACCGCGAGUCCGUCUGCAGCAUGCCAACUCCAGAUCGUGCUGCCACCGACUGGUCCCGAGAUUCCGACGACGAGGAGUAUCAUGGAAACAACUAUCGCCCAGACUCAGCCCCAGCCCAGGACACGUCAUCCUGGUUCACCCUCCCAACCGUCGACAGUUCCUCAACAGCCGCGCCGCCCAACUCCUCCAGCACAGGACGCCAUCGCGCCUGGUCCCGAGGCGGCCACGAGAACCGCAGCAGCAACAACAGCCAACCCCCCGACAAGCGACGCCGACGACUACAACCGACCCUCCCCCCCGCUUGCCAGACCCAAUUCCCCAUCUGCCUCACCAUCACAACCUGCCACGUGCUGCUCAUCCGUCUGCACCGCAGCGUCCUCACCGACCUGUACGCGUCCGUCCGCGCCCUAGUCGCGCGCUACACCCCAGCCGGCGAUCUGACGGGCCCGCUCGCCGUCCUGGACAACUUCUCGGGCUCCGCGCCCUUCUCCAACGUGCAGCUGGACGGGUCGACGCUGAAACUCGACGGCGUCCUGCAGAUCACCAUGCUGCUACAGCUGAGCUGCGAUCUGCUGGAGCGCAUCGACCGCGGCGUCGAGAUCCUGCUGACAGGCGCGGGGCACGUCCUGUCCGCUCCGGGGACCUACAUGUCCGUUCUGGAGGCCCUCGCGCAGCAGGAGGCGCGCAGUGGCCGCGGUCCGGCCACGCCGGACUGGACGGAUUCCGCCGGGGGCCGUGCGGCGCGCUUGGCGCCGUUGCGGAUGCUCGUCAGGAAGAUCCGCAAGUGUAUUAACGAUACCUGUUUGUGAGGAUGGUAGUGGAGGAUGAGAAGAUCUUCAAUUCAGGCUGAGACGAACAUUCCUAUGUUACUUAUCUAUAACAUCUAUGUCGUAAUCCCCUCAUUACUUAGAAUUACGUGGUCACGAUGCCGUUGUUAUUGUUCGGGCUUGUCAUAGAGACGGCAAAUUCUGGUAGACUUCUAUGGGAAAUGGCCGAUUUAGACGUCAAAUUGAUGAUAUGAAGUUUUCUGAUUCCAGGA